AAAACGGAAAGGCGAUCUCACUGUUGACAGUCAGUCAUCACCAGUCUCCCUGGUAAUUAUUGGGGAUCACAUCCAUCACACACAGCAUGUCUUUCUGUCGUUUUUUCGGCGGUGAGGUCUACAAGGAUCACUUUAAACCAGGUGUGUACGUGUGCUCCAACUGUAACCAUCCACUCUUCUCAAGUCGGUCCAAGUUUGCCCACUCAUCCCCAUGGCCCGCUUUCACCGAGACCGUCCGGGAGGACAGUGUGACCAAGCUGAUGGAGACGCUCACAGCCUUUAAGGUUCUGUGUGGUAAGUGCGGCCAAGGCCUGGGCCAUGAAUUUUUUAACGGCGGGCCGGAGGAGGGCGUGUCACGAUUUUGAAUAUUCAGUCACUCGCUCAAGUUUGUCCCAAGCAAAGGCAAGGACAAGAAAUAAAGAGUGAGUUUCAACAAGUCCAGAGACUGCGGGUAUCCAUGUGGAGAGUAUGAUGCGGCUAAGAGAAAGUCCUGAGAAGGACAUCUUGUCUGUUGAAGUAUCUCACAUUACAUUCUGUAUUACCCUUCAUGUUUAAGAACAGUAUUUAUUAGUAAUAAUAUAGAUUGUAUGCUGAUAUAAGUCGGCCACAUGAUCUUUGCACUUACAAUCUGCACAUUGCGCAUGUUAUAAUAUUGAAUAAUGCUAAUGGGUAAUAAAAUGCAAGAAUGUUGGUGUUGUUUGCUGAGUAUUCACUAGAGGGAGCUGUUCUCUUGUGUUGUCACUUCAUCUUCUCUCUCUAAGCAGACUUGUGUGAGUGAUGGAGGCAGCAUCUUGUAUAAGACACACCACUGUACACUUACUUACACGCUUCAUCAGCCGUCCACGUUUUUGUGAUGACAUGUGAACGUCGGUUGGUUGAGUGGCGUGUUCUGGCGCAGCUGCAGGCCGCAUUCCUGGUGGCGGCGGCUUGGCGGUGGCGACGAAGUUUUGAGGAGAAGCUGGGCAGCCUCGUUAUAGAGACUAGAGAGCAAAGGCUGUGAUUAUACAGGCAACACGCACUCGUACUUAAACACAUGAACAAGUGUUGGCUGUAUUCUUGGAUAGGGCACACUCGAGCCGCGACUUUUGAAGUUUUGUUUACGCUCUUGUAGUUUAUUCACACAAAGUGCACUCAAGUGGUCUUCCCGCCGACACAUUUCGGUGUUGCCCAUAACUUGCCCUUACAUAGCACAAAUGCCCAAGGUGGUCAUUAUGUUUGUGCAUACAACAACUUCAAUUUAUGUGUACAAGUAGACAUUGAAGGUGUGUCUUGCUGACAGCGCUUGUGUUGUUGUUGCAUGGGUUAGGAUUUGUGAUAGAUUAACUACUGAAAAGAGAGGCUUCAUCACUUAUCAUGUCUUCAAGGGCCCAACACUAAAUAGAAUCAUCCAACAGAAUGUCCUUACUGCAAAAAGGUAUUAGCAUAAUAGAAACGCCAUAUUUACUCUACAAGGGGAAUGUAGUAAAUUAUCCUUUGACUACAAAGUCACUUAGAAGAGAGUAGACCUCACAUAAACAGGUUAUUAUUUUUAAAUACUUACACCAUUUACCUUGUGUGGCCAUUUUUUUUGUUGUACUCUCUCAAAAUAAACUUGAAUGUAUGUAUUUUUUAACUAUCGCGAAAUAUAACCUUAGAGCAAAAUCUAAUUUAAAACAUUUGUGUGCUGUUAUAACACUUAAAACCUUUAGUAUAUCAGUAUGUGGAAUUACAUUAUGGAAUGUAUUAACCAAAGCAAUCAAACAAAGCACCAAUAUGAUUCAGUUCAAAGGCCUACUGAAAUGAGAUUUUCUUAUUUAAACAGGGAUAAGCAGGUCCAUUUUAUGUGUCAUACUUGAUCAUUUCGCGAUAUUGCCAUAUUUUUACUGAAAGGAUUUAAUAGAGAACAUCGACGAUAAACUUCGCAACUUUUGGUGCUGAUAAAAAAGCCUUGCCUUUACCGGAAGACGCAGACGAUGACGUCACAAGGGUGAGGGCUCCUCACGUCCUCACAUUGUUUAUAAUGGGAGCCUCCAGCAGCAAGUGCUAUUCGGACCGAGAAAACGACAAUUUCCCCAUUAAUUUGAGCGAGGAUGAGAGAUUUUUGGAUGAUGAUAUUGAUAACGAAGGACUACAAAAAAAUAAAAAGGUGAUUGCAUUGGGACGGAUUCAUAUGUUUUUAGACACAUUUACUAGGAUAAUUGGGAAAUCCUUUAUCUUUCUAUUGUGUUGCUAGUGUUUUAGUGAGAUUGAAUAGUACCUGAUAGUCAGAGGGGUGUGUCCACGGGUGUCUUGAGGCCAGUGUCUGAGAAAAGUCACGGCAGAUACAAGGACGGCGCAAAUUCCACUGAUCUCCGGUAAGAAGCGACUUUUUAACACAAUUUUCUCACCGAAACCUGCCGGUUGACAAGUGGUCGGGAACCAUGUUCGCUUGACCGCUCUGAUCCAUAGUAAAGCUUCACCUCCGGAAAUUUUAAACAAGGAAUCACUGUGUGUUUGUGUGGCUAAAGGCUAAAGCUUCCCAACUCCAUCUUUGUACUUUGACUUCUCCAUUAUUAAUUGAACAAACUGCAAAAGAUUCAGCAACACAGAUGUCCAGAAUACUGUUUAAUUUGCGCGAUGAAAAGAGACGACUUUUAGCCGCAAAUGGUGCUGCGCUAAUAUGUCCUGACAGUCCGUGACGUCACGCGCAUGCGUCAUCAUUCCGCGAUGUUUUCAACAAAAACUCCGCGGGAAAUUUAAAAUUGCAAUUUAGUAAACUAAACCGGCCGUAUUGGCAUGUGUUGCAAUGUUAAUAUUUCAUCAUUGAUAUAUAAACUAUCAGACUGCGUGGUCGGUAGUAGUGGGUUUCAGUAGGCCUUUAAGAGACUGUUCAAACUACAAGUGUUCACAGAGUACACAGAACAAGAAUUAUGAUGAACAUCUUGAACCUUUUUUUUCUUUUUUUUAAUUGAGACAAAGAGUAUUUAUGUAUUUAAUAUUUGUUUGCUUACAAUGGUAUAUUAUUUAUUUAUUUGUUCACUGUUAUGUUACAGAAAACAAGGAAAUAGGAUACAAUUGCUAUGGUAUGAAAAGGGGUAGGAUUAAAUUAGCUCAGCUUCUUCCUACUGGAAUUGUGUGAUGCAUUACAUUGUAUCGUAUGCAUGUUCCAAAUAAACUGAAACUGAACUGAA